AUGUCGACCACUGAAAAAACAUCGGAAAGGAGUUCUCGUGCUCGUGGUGCGGAGAAUACAGCUCCAAAUCCUGCUACUACGACCACUACAGGCUCUAACGAAGAGUCUCCUGCUAAAAGUCGGAGUAAGAAAAGUGCAACUAAGGCUGCCAAGGCGGUUACUGCUACAUCAAAAACAUCCAAGAGUGUAAAAGCAGGUUUGACAUUUCCUGUUGGUCGUAUGGGGCGUCUCCUCAAAAAAGGACGUUACGCCGACAGAGUAGGAGCCGGAGCUCCUGUGUACCUCGCCGCAGUAAUAGAAUAUCUCACGGCUGAAGUUCUCGAACUUGCCGGCAAUGCUGCUCGUGACAACAAGAAACAACGAAUCAUUCCUCGACAUUUGCAACUUGCCAUACGAAACGACGAGGAACUUAAUGUGUUGUUGAGGAAUGUUCAUAUCGCGGAAGGUGGUGUGUUGCCAAAUAUUCAUAUGGAACUGUUGCCAAAGAAGAAGGGAGAUGUCAAGACUGGUGGCGGUAGUACAUCAACAUCAGCAAAGAAACCAACUCCAAAGGGUGGCAAAACUUCAUCUACUAAAGCUCCUGCUUCUAAAUCUUGA